CCACCAGCCCCAAGAUUGGCGCCACAUAAGAUGACGCUGCGCAAACACAAACCGAACCGGAAGCCCCGGACGCCGUUCACCACGUCCCAACUGCUCGCGCUGGAGCGGAAGUUCCGGGAGAAGCAGUACCUGAGCAUCGCCGAGAGGGCCGAGUUCUCGGCGUCCCUGACGCUGACCGAGACCCAGGUGAAGAUAUGGUUCCAGAACAGGAGGGCCAAGGCCAAACGGCUGCAGGAGGCGGAGCUCGAGAAACUGAGAAUGGCCGCCAAGCCGAUGAUGCCCCCUCUCCUCGGGAUGGGAUUCCCCAUGAGC